CUUUCUUCUUUUUCUCCGGAUUAUGUCACAGCACCAAAUAACCUUUUUAACGGAUCUCUACAAAAAUGGGAGACUCGGCCAAUACUUUGUCGCAUGGGUUUGCGACGCCAGUGAUGAUUUGUCCUCGUUAUUGUCUCGCCAAGGCAGCAGCUCCAGCAGCAAUAGAAACACUCGUGCCGUCGUGGCGGUAGCUGCUGUUUUGGUGGCAACCAUCGCCUGGCGUCAAGCGAGAAAAGCUUCAAAACCUUCGUUUUCGGGCAUUCCAACGCCAAAAGGCUGUUAUCCAAUUUUUGGGCAUAUGUUUACAAUCGGUCUCAACAGAGUGGAGAAGUUUAGCCAGUGGCAUAAAGAGCUAGGUCCUAUUUUCUACAUUCGCACAGGCGUAAAGCAUUGGCUCGUUAUAGACGAUCCAUACAUUGCCCAUGAAAUCUUGGUCACCAAAGGAAAGGCAACGGCGGAUAGACAAUCGGGUCGCAAAUUUCAUGAUUUCCACUCGAAUGGGCAAACUGGCAUUGUUUUAUCCUCACCGGACAAAGCUUGGAGUGCUUCGCGCAAAGCAGUGCUAAACGCACUCGGCCCAAGAACACUCAAGGAAGCAAGCCCAGUACUCUGUAGAGAAGCAGACGAGUUUGUCGACACGGUCGCCACGGGGGAAAACAUCGAUCCAAUGCCAUUUCUUAUGCGCGUCUCACUCAAUUUUAUCCUCUUGACCCUAUUCAACGUACGAUCCACAUCCGCGGACGAUCCUCUUUACAAACAAUGCAUGCACGUGAUGGAGGGGACCAAAAAGUUUACCAGUUUCAAAUAUUCCUUUCACAUGCUUCUUCCAGCGCUAAAGAUCGUGGAUACACUCUUCAUUGGUUCGCAAAAAUACAUGUAUGAAUUUUUAGAGUACGACUGCAAGCCUUUUUACUUGGAUCUGGUUGAAAAGGCUUUAGAGACUGAAGAGGACAAUAUGACCAAGAUCCUCAAUGACGAAAUAAAUCAAGGCAAGAAGGGAUACUACAAUAACCUUCUUCGUACUAUUCAUGACAUGGUUUUUGCGGGAACCGAUACUACUGCAGUAACCAUGUCCUGGGCAUUCCUUCAACUAUCGACCCUACCUGAUGUUCAAAAGCGUAUUCAACAAGAAAUCGAUGCUUUUGUGGCCAAGAAUGGCCGCCUUCCGACAUUUUGGGAACGUGAUCAGCUACCGUAUAUGAUUGCUACUCAACGAGAGUGCCUGCGUUUCAGACCUACUACAGAUUUUGGCGUUGUCCAUCAAGCAAGUGAAGAUUUCGAGUGGCAAGGCAAUAUUAUACCAAAGGAAACCUUGAUCAUUACCAAUAUGACAACAAUGCAUAUGAAUCCGGAUAAGUACACUGAACCCGAAUCCUUCAAGCCAGAACGGUUUCUCCAAAAUACGGAAACCAUGUACGCUUCAGCUAACCAGAGAGUAGCUAACCGUGAUCACUUUAAUUUUGGAUGGGGCAGACGAGUUUGCGUUGGUGCUCAUUUGGCUGAAACUCAAAUGUUUCACGUCUGGGUCUGUGUGUUCCAAAAAUGCGACAUCAAGCCUGCUUUGGAUGAGAACGGCAACGAGAUUCCUCAUACAUUAGAGACAGUGCCUCCCAUCUCGGGACCUACAGUUGCAGAACCUUCUCCAUUUGAAAUCCGUUUUGUACCUAGGACUUAGAUAAUCAACGAGAUGAAUAUAAUAGCUAGCUAAUUCCAUAUGUAAUCAUCACUAUAUCUACUAAAUACAUUAUAUGGCGUCAUUAGACGUCGAAGAUUAAAC